UAGCGGAUGUGUUUCGUUUUCGGCAUAAGCAAAUUAAAAUGUCUGCUCAAGCUUUAGCAGCUCCUCCUUUAAACCAAAAUACCAGUUCCAAUAUUACUCGGCGCACGGCAAAUUUUUCCCCGGACAUUUGGGGAGAUCGUUUCCUUUCAUAUGCCUCUGAAUUCACGAAUAUCAACAAUGAUAUGGAAGAACAAGUUCAGAGAUUAAAGGAGGAAGUGAGAAGGAUGAUAAUUGCAUCAACUCAUGAACCCUCAAAGGAUUUGAAUCUUAUUGAUUCGAUCCAACGCUUAGGUGUGGCUUACCAUUUUGAAAAUGAGAUUGAGGAAGCAUUGCUCCAUAUUCUUUGCUCUACAGAUAAUUAUAAUGACCUUCACAGUGCUGCUCUACGCUUUCGAUUACUUAGACAACAGGGUUUCAAUGUCUCUUGUGAUGUGUUUAACAAGUUCAGGGAUAGCAAUGGGCAGUUUAAUGAAACACUUAAGAAUGAUAUACAAGGAAUAUUAAGCUUAUAUGAAGCUGCAUAUCUCAGAGUCCAUGGAGAAGAUAUACUAGAGGAAGCGCUUGCCUUUUCUACAGUUCAUCUUAAGUCCAUAGCUAAUGCCCAUACGCGAUCUCCUUUUGCUGCACAAGUAAGUCGUGCAUUAAAGCAACCAAUACGCAAGGGCUUGCAAAGGCUGGAGUCAAGGCAUUAUAUCUCCAUGUACCAAGAAGAUGCUUCCCACAAUGAAGUACUACUGACCUUUGCAAAGUUGGAUUUUAACGUCUUGCAAAAAUUGGAUUUUAACGUCUUGCAAAUGAUGCAUCGGGAGGAGUUGAGAUAUAUCUCAAAGUGGAGGAAAGAUUUAGACUUCAAAACAAAGCUCCCCUUCGUACGCGACAGAGUGGUAGAGUGCUACUUCUGGACAAUAGGAGUGUAAUUUGAGCCCAAUAUAGCCCAAUAUAGUCUUGCCAGAAGGUUUUUAACCAAAGUAAUUGCAAUAUCAUCAGUUAUAGAUGAUAUAUAUGAUGCAUAUGGUACACUUGAAGAACUUAUAAUCUUUACCAGUGCAAUUCAAAGGUGGGACAUUGCUUGCAUGGAUCAACUCCCAGAGUACAUGAAAUUGUGUUACAAGGCAUUUUUAGAUAUUUAUGACGAAAUGGAGAGAGAGUUAUCCGAGCAAGGAAGUUCUUCCUACAUUCACUAUGCCAAAGAUGAAAUGAAGAAAUUAGUCCAAGCCUACUUAGUUGAAGCCAAUUGGAUGAGUAGAGAUUAUAUACCAACAAUGGAUGAGUACAUGAGCAUCGCCCUAGUAACUGGUGGUUACCCUCUUCUUACAACCACAUCUUUUAUUGGCAUGGGAGAUAUUUCAACAAAGGAUGUGUUUGACUGGUCUUCUAAUGGCCCUAAAAUUGUUAGAGCUGCAUCUGUUAUUGCCAGGCUCAUGGAUGAUAUUGUUUCUCAUGAGUUUGAGCAAGCAAGAGGACAUGUUGCCUCUGCUGUUGAGUGCUACAUGAAGCAAAAUGGAGUAUCAGAAGAAGCAACACGAGAUGAGUUCAAUAAACAAAUAGUUAGUGCUUGGAAGGACAUUAACGAGGCAUGUCUUAAACCCACUGAAGUACCACUGCCAAUUCUUACACGUGUAGUUAAUCUUGCACGUGUUAUGGACUACCUAUACAAGGACGGGGAUGAAUAUACUCACACAGGAGAAUUGAUGAAAAGUAGCAUUACAUCGGUGUUCAUAGAUCCUGUGCAAAUAUGAUCUUACAAGAGGAGUUUACCUAUUUUCUAUUUCCUACUCUAUUGUAUCUGAAGUGUAUGAUACAAUCAUACAUUGAUUUAUGCCUCAAAAGUCAAAAAAACUAUGUUUAAUAAGGAGGGGAUUUGAAAAAAUGAAGUUUCUCUUAUGAUAUUUUAUUUACUUAA